AUGUCGUUGAUUCCAUUCUUACUCGACUACGAGCUAGAACGACCCCGUCGUUUGAUGGAUCAACAUUUCGGCUUGGCACUUACUCCUGAAGAUCUUCUAAGUGUUGCUGCUGGACCUCUAGUAAACCGGGAAUACUACCGCCCAUGGAGACAUCUUGCGGCCGCUGCUCGUGAUCUGGGCUCCAGCAUCAAAGCUGAUAAAGACAAGUUCCAAGUUAAUUUGGACGUUCAACACUUUGCUCCUGAAGAAAUCUCUGUGAAGACAGCCGACGGCUACAUUGUCGUUGAAGGAAAGCAUGAAGAAAAGAAAGAUCAACAUGGUUACAUUUCUCGUCAAUUCACACGCCGGUAUGCAUUACCCGAAGGUUGUACACCCGAAGCUGUUGAAUCUAGGCUCUCUUCAGAUGGCGUGCUUACUGUUACUGCUCCAAGAAAAGUACCUCCUCAAGUCCAAGGUGAGCGAAAGGUGCCAAUCGCUCAAACCGGCCCAGUCCGCAAAGAGGUGAAAGAUCAGGCUAACGGCGAUAAGGCUGAGAACUAA